UAAGUUCCGAGCCUUGUGCAUUUGUGGGACCCGUCUCACGAGUGCACGGCGUCUGCUGCGCCCCGGAUUUGGGUUCUGGGGCGUGACAGAUUAAGUGGUAUUAGAGCUUAGGUUUGAUUAAGAUUUCGUGAUGUGAGAGCCUAGGUUUAAUUGAAUACCUAGGAUUUGUUUUGGACUUGGCUAGCCAGUGGAUUUUAGAAUCGUGGUGAGAUAAGUGAUGGGGUUAUAUAAGGGACGAUUCUGAUUCAUGUUGCCUGAAUUUUCUCAUCCAUUUCGAUGAGAUGGUGAUCUGAUUGUUCUUGUUUCUUGCCUUCAUACUUUGUGUGAAGUUGUGAAAGUAAUCUUGCCCGUUAUGUCCUGAAGACCUUGUUUUGAAACUUGGUCAUUUUCUGAUAGUCCGCACUUGUUUAGACUUGUUUCGUGAAUGGAAUUUUUGUGUGCUCUUUUGCCACAAUUUUGAAAUCUGGGGAGUUGCAGAGAUCUUUUGUGAUUGAUCCUGUUAGUCUCUACAGCAUAGCUGGUGGAGAAUUUGUCUUGUUUGUCACAUGACCAGUGGAAAGAUGGGCAACCCUCUACUUUGUAAGAGAUUCCAGGCUAUUUUAGCAAAUGUUGUGUGUUUUCUAGAUGCGUUUUAGGAGCUGGAUAACUUGGUUUGCCUGUGUAAUGAACUUACAUUUUUGGAUUCUGCACUUGUUUUUGUUUCUUGAGUAUCGAUGUCCAAAUAUAAAUUAUGCCUGGUGGAGUUCUUGAAGUUAGCUUGACAUAUGCUAACAUAGAAAAUUGCUUGAUAUUUGGUUGUGGAAUCCAUUCUGCUCUGUCUUCGAAAAUGUUUUGCUUUGACACUUGCUCGUGCUCAAGUUCUGAAUUUUAUGCUAGUUGUUAUCUCGGUAUACCAAUAUACCUGUUAAUUCUUG